CGGCGCUGUCGGGUCGCGCGCGGGGGUCGGUGAGGCGGAGCGCGAAUCUAACUCACGCCAGCGGCUCUUUAUUUUCUCAUUUAACCGAGAAACUCACUGACAGUCACCGUCCCCUGCCGAGCCGUGUGUGUUUGUGCUUCUGCCAUGCGGUAAAAGAAAUACAGAAACAGUGUGUGAUCUGUGAGCGCAAUGCAGAGUCCAGACAUGAACGGAUACGCCGGAGUCACAGCGCAGUCCUCACAGAUGAACGGUCACGGCUCACUGUCUCCAGAUGUUCCUGCCAAAAGCACGGGUGGUAAAGCUCUGUACGAGCAAAGGAAGAACUACACCAAAAACAGCAUCAACAGCCUGACGGACACGUCACAGUACCAUGUGGAGCAUCUGACCACGUUUGAGGAGGCCAUGCUGACCAUCGAGGACGGCAUCAGGAAGCUGCGUCUGCUGGACGCUAAAGGGAAGGUGUGGACGCAGGACAUGAUCCUGCAGGUGGACGGGAAAGCCGUCAGCCUCAUCGACAACGACAGCAAGAAUGAACUGGAGAACUUUCCUCUGGCCUCGAUCCAGCACUGUCAGGCCGUGAUGAACGCCUGCAGCUACGACUCCAUCCUGGCGCUGGUGUGUAAGGAGUCCGGUCAGAGCAAACCGGACCUGCACCUGUUCCAGUGCGACGACAUCAAGGCCAAUUUGAUCCACAUGGACAUCGAGAGCGCCGUCAGCGACCACAAGGGCGGGAAAGUCAAGAAGCGUCCGGAGGUGCUGAAAAUGAUCCUAAAGAGUGACGGGACCAUCCCUCCGCCCCCAGGAGGCCCCGCCCCCGAGCUUCCAGGAGCUGUCAAUCAAACGGACAGCAAGAGCCGAGUGGCCAGUUGGACCAAUGAGCAGCAGGAGCAUGAUCCACAGAGACAUUGGAUAUAGUUGGAUAGCGCAGCGCAAGUGGACAGAGAUGUGCAAAUCCUCAAUCACAUUCUGGACGACAUCGAACACUUCGUCACCAAACUGCAGAAAGCCGCCGAGGCCUUUAACGAUCUCUCAAAACGCAAGAAAACCAAGAAGAGCAAAAAGAAAGGACCCGGAGAGGGAGUUUUGACGCUGAGAGCUAAACCUCCGUCUCAGGACGAGUUUAUCGACUGUUUCCAGAAGUUCAAACACGCCUUCAACCUGCUGGGGAAGUUGAAGAACCACAUUCAGAACCCCAGUGCUGUGGAUCUGGUCCACUUCCUGUUCAAUCCUCUCAGACUGGUGAUCCAGACGUCUGGAGGAGUGGAUCUGGCUAAAAGCGUGAUCGUUCCUCUCCUCACCAGAGAAGCCAUUGACUUCCUGCACGCGGCGGGUUCGGCGGAGGAGAGACACCUGUGGGUCACGCUGGGAGACGGAUGGACCAAAUGCAGGUUGGAGUGGCCGAAGGAUCACCCGUUUCCUCCGCACACGCUGUGUUUCCGGGACGGCUGGGAGCCGCCGGUGCUGGUGUCUCGAGAGCAGGACGUGGCUCAGCUGGCGGAGAGGCUCGGCGCGGCUCAGAGACCUGUGGACAGACCUCCGCUCGACCAGCCGCUGGUCCAGGACUUCCCCGGCACAGACGGGUACGGCUACAGGCACACCUCUUACAAGCGCUUGCACCUGCUGGAGCCAGACACGGCCGUGGCUGCUUUUAAACACGCGGUCAGCCGUCAUGUAGAUAGGAACCUUGAGGCUCACAGCCAGACGCAGAGGAACUUUGCCAAAUCCAGAUACGACUUUGUGGCCAGAAACAACACUGAACUGUCUGUGAUGAAAGACGAGGUGGUGGAGGUGCUGGAUGACAGGAAGCAGUGGUGGAAGGUGCGAAACGGGUCGGGGGCUAUAGGAUAUGUGCCAAACAACAUCUUGGAGAUCAGCAGGGCAGUGGACAUGACGGGCCGCGGGGAGCCCAUCUACAGCCACACCAUACAGCUAAUGAUGCCAAAAAAGGAAUUUGAGUUGUUUAAGCAAUUACUGGGCGAGUUAAACGAGAAGCAGCGCUCAGAUUAUGUGCCCAAACCGGCGGUGACGGAAGCCCCGCCCACCCCAAUGGCCCCGCCUCCUCCCGCCCCACUGCAGAUCCCCACCCCCCCGCUGCUGCCCGCAUCCGCCCAAAAACAUGACACACCACCGGCAGACGGCCAACAACACAACAACAGCAGCAGCGAGAGCGACGGCGUGACCAUGAGAGAACAUCAGAGAGAGAGACCCGCGCCCGCCAGCCGCCGGAAAUCCAACAUGGAGGAGGUUCAGGACGAGCUGAUGCACAGACUGACUCUGGGCCGCAGCGCUCAGAAAAAGUUCCAGGCUCCGUCUCGAUCCUCCAGCCUGCCGGCGGUCAACAUCACGUACGACUCCACGCCGGACGAGGUCAAGGCCUGGCUGCAGCUCAAAGGCUUCAGCGAAGAGACUAUCAACAGUCUGGGUGUGCUGACCGGCGCCCAGCUCUUCUCUCUGAACAAAGACGAGCUGAAGACCGUGUGUCCUGAUGAAGGAGCUCGGGUCUACAGCCAGAUCGCCGUCCAGAAAGCUGCUCUCGAGAGGAGCUCCGCCUCGGAGCUGCAGGAGAUCAUGAGGAGGCGGCAGGAGAAGCUGGCAGCGGCGGCGGCGGCGGGUGAUUCCGGCGUGGAGUCCUUCGAUGAGGGGAGCAACCACUGACCCCUCACUCACCUCUGUCACCUCUGACCUUUUACAGGACGCCGUGGAGCGCGCUCAGUUUGCCGCCAUAAUGCACCGUCGUCAAGAACUCUUGGACCCGUCUGAUAACGGAACCAGAUCGGACGCAGACAAACACGCGUGACGAGACGCGAGAGGAAAUUGGCUUUUAUUAGCAGAGAUGUGAACGUUGCUUCAGCGUUCUCCGCAGGUUCCUGUGAGAACAUCAGAGCUGUAUGUAGUCUAGUGCCAUUGAGUUUUGCCUUCAUACUCCAACAUCCUGGAAAGAUUCGUAUAUAUAUAUAUAUACUGUAUA